AUGUCUGCGACCACCAUCCGCAAGGCCGUUAUCACGGAAUUCGGCGAUGUCUCCAAGGUCCAAAUCAUCCAGGACACCAUCAAGUCGCCGCCGGCAAAUCACGUCCAGGUCGCAACCAUCUACUCCGGCUUCUCGGGCGCCGACAUCAAUAUGCGCAAGGGCGUCUACCCAUUGCAGAAAAAGGCCCCGCUGACACCGGGCUACUGCCUCGUCGGCACCGUCAAGGCCAACGGUCCCGGCGCAUCCAGCUUCUCACCGGGCGACCUCGUUGCCUGCCUCACAAUCUACGACGCCGAAGCCGAGCUGGUCAACCUGCCCGAAAAGUACCUCAUCAAAAUACCCCCCGGCACCGACCUGCAGCAGGCUACAGCGCUGAUCCUGGACUGGAACACGGCGUACGCCAUGGUCUUUGACGCUGCCAAAGUCACUAGAGGUCAGCGUGUCUUUAUCCACGGCGUCAGCGGCGCCGUCGGCUACGCGCUCAUGAAGCUGUGCCAGCUGCAGGGCGCCGAGGUCUACGGCACGGCGUCGGAGCGGAACCACGCCGCCGCCCGGGAGCAGGGGGCCCACCCCUUCGUGUACACGGACAAGGAAUGGAUCCGGGCCGUGACGGAGCUCGGCGGGGCGGACGCCGUGUUCGAUCCCCUGGGGUUCGAGAGCUGGGACGAGUCGUUUUCGAUCCUGUCGCCCACCGGUAUCCUGGUGGGGUACGGCGGCAAUCUGCGCUCGCUGACUGACGAUUCCGGGCAUGGCUCUGUGAUUAUGCCGACGCUGAAGCUCGUGGCGCGCGGGAUGGUGCCGUUUUGCGGCAAGAGGACCAAGUUUUAUUACAUUACGCGCGAUGAUGCGACGUUUGAGCCGAACUUGAGGGCUUUGAUUGAGUUGGUGGCUCAGGGCAAGAUUACCGUUCCCAUUAAGAAGGUGUGGGAGCUCGAGGAUAUCCAGGAUGCCCAUCGCCAGUGGGCGAGCAGCGCGGGGGUUGGAUCGUCGCUCAUUCGGCUGUCGGGUGUGAAAGCUUGA